AUGUACGGAGGUCCACAACCAACUGAAGAACAAAAGAAACUUCAAGAACAAUACGCUUAUGAUACAUUAAAGUUUGCUGGUUUAGUUGCUGGUGCUUUAUGGAUUAGUCCUAUCAUUGUUAAUUUCAUUAGAAAACAAUUAUAA